AAAAGGACCUUUUCGCGAGGAAGCUGCGUGAAAAGCUGGACACGGUUGUCAGAAACGAAACAGAGUAUUACUUGGAUUUUGACGCCAUGGGAGAGCUCAAAAAGAAUUUGGUCUACUCGUUAAAUAUAGACGAAGUUCAUAAUCACCACCUGCCGUAUGUGCAUAAGUUCUUUGUCAUAUUCCUGACCUGCCUCCAAGACGGGACUCAGAAGCUGGUAUUUGCCGAGAGUUACUGCCAGAUCAACAGUCAGCAGCUUACAAAUUCAGAAUCUAUGGCCACUGCUCUUGGCAGAGUGCUCCGAGCUGUCACAUUGGAUACAAGAUCUAAUUUGGUCGCAAUUGUUAGUGAUCGUGCUCGUCUAAAUUUAAAGUCCUUGGAUGAUCUGUCGUACACACUUAACUUUCCCAUGCCUCCAGUAGUUUUUGAUCCAACCCAUUUAAUUGGGUCAUUUUCACAGCAACUCGACAUGUUCUGCUGUGAAAGUGUCACCCAAUUAAUGACCACAAAUUUCAUGAAAGAGACGUUCUCGGAGCAGGUAUCUAUGAUCAUCGGCCAGUGUCAUUCCAAAGAUAUAGAGAAUCUCUGCAUCUUUUGGGAAUUGUGCGAUGCGGUCCAGUCCGUCUUGAAGAUGGUCAUGCGGCAUCAGGAGCAGUGCAUAUUGAUGAAUCUCAAAAAUGAUAAUCUUGAGAUUUAUUGCAAAGCGGCAAUGAAGCAGAUGCCCAUAUUAGAUGGUCCUACUGACCAAUGA